AUGAGUGACAAAUAUGAAUUAGAGGAUAAGGAGAAUGUUUUUUUAAAUAGGGAUGUAGCACUCAAGGGACACUUAGCUAACUCCAUCACUUCACUGCCAGGUACACGCCGAAGAGAACCAGCUCAAACAACAAAGAUGAGAAGAUUUACACCAGCAACUACUAGACCAAGUGGAUUCACAAUAUCUGAUGCACAUAGAUUGCGACAGCAAAUUAAUGAAAAGGAACAGGACUUGGAUCUGUUGAAUACUAGCUUAAUGACGUUGAGAACCCAAGUUGAAUCGCAAACCCUCACUAACUUCACGGUGGAAAGCAAGUAUUUAAAUCUUGACAGACAAUUGACAGAAUUGAAACUAGACGUUGAAAAGCUAAACGAAUUUGAAGAGUCUUCUAUGAGAGAAUUGCAACAUAAAUUUGAUAUAGAGAGUCAGGAGAUGAUGGUUAAGCAUCAAGAACGAUUGAAUUUGAGAAAAGAAGAAAUUGCUGCGGAGAUUGACAAGAUGCUUCAGGAAAAGCAAAGCACAUACUUGGAUGUUAUUGAAAAUUUGAAUUAUAACAUAAAAGCCCUACAAGAAAAGAAGGAAAAUCUGAGCCGCGAGUUGGAACAGAAAAUAGACUCAGCCCAAAGGUCGUUCAAACAAGAGGAAGAAACACGUCGAGAGAAAUUGAGUCAGCUUAAGUUAAUCAACAAAGAGAAGUCUGCUUCUGUGAAGCACAGCAUCAGAAAUCUCAAUAGUAAGAUUAACGAGAUUAACGAAAUCAGCAUUCCGAGCAAGCAGAAGGAGUAUACCAAGUACAAUUCCAUACUCAAUCAACUACAAUCCAAGAAUUCCGACAAACAAAGGGAUAUCAACACCACUAAAAACCAAAUAACGGACAUGGAUAAAUGCAUGACUGGGUUGGAAAGCACAUCAAAGUUACGGAAUGAAGAGUUAGCCCGAAUGAGGUUUGAGAUCAAAAGAAUGAAGGUGGAAUUGGUCGAUCAGGAGACGAAAAGAAGAAAACUACAUUCCCAAUUGCAAGACUUGAAAGGAAAUAUUCGGGUGUUUUGUCGUAUUAGGGCUGUGUCUGCAGAUUCUAAACUCAUAAAAUUUGAAUUGCCCGAUGAUGACUUGAAUGAAGACGCUAAGCAGGAACUAUCUAUAGUGAAAGAAAAUGUGGGAAUAUCCAACUCUUCAAGCUCCUACAUGUUCCAAUUUGACAAAAUCUUUUCCAUGAAUCACGCAAAUGAAUUCAUUUUUGAAGAGUAUUCCCAAUUGAUUCAGAGUUGCAUUGAUGGUUUAAAUGUUUGCGUUUUUGCAUAUGGGCAAACAGGGUCCGGAAAGACAUUCACCAUGUCCCAUCCUGCUAAUGGUAUGAUACCGCUAUCAAUAAAGAAGGUAUUUGACGAUAUUAAAGAAUUGGAUGUACAAGAGCAGCAAUGGGAGUACGAAAUCACGGGCAAGUUUAUUGAGAUAUAUAAUGAAAACAUUAUUGAUCUUUUAAAUCCUCAACUGAUUGAAAAACACGAAAUUAAACAUGAUGACAUCAACUGCAAGACUACAAUCACAAAUAUCACAACUAUUCCAAUCACGUCGCCGCUGCAGGCAAACUCUAUUCUUGAACAGGUGAAUAAAAGAAGAAGCACGGCCGCUACAAAAUCAAAUGACAAGUCGUCUCGUUCACAUUCAAUAUUCAUCAUUGAUAUAAAGGGUUCCAACAAUGCCACUGGAGUGAAAACUUUUGGCACAUUGAACCUCAUAGAUCUAGCCGGCUCAGAACGGAUAAAUGUUUCACAAGUUGAAGGGGAACGAUUGAAGGAAACUCAAGCAAUUAAUAAAUCAUUAUCCGCUGUUGGUGACGUCAUUUCAUCCUUGAAUUCGAACCAAGGAUCGCACAUCCCUUAUAGAAACUCCAAAUUGACCUACUUGUUGAAACACAGUCUUGGUGGAAAUUCAAAAACUUUGAUGUUUGUCAAUAUAUCUCCAUUGAGUUCAAACUUUAAUGAGACAAUCAACUCACUUAGGUUUGCUACAAAAGUAAAUAGCACUAAAUUGGGCCAAUAA